AUGGCAGACGCACAUGCCAAUAAGGUGCUGGCACUCCAGCACCUCAGAGUCGGCUGGGUCAACUGCAGGCUCAGACGGAGAGUGGAAGUUAAGAGGUUCAAGGGAACUGUUACAUUGAAAGGUUUAUGGAAGCUACUACACUGGAAGGUUCAAGGAAGCUACUACACUGGAAGGUUCAAGGAAGCUACUACACUGGAAGGUUCAAGGAAGCUACUACACUGGAAGGCAGUGAUAUCUCUUCGCUACGAUGAAUUCACACUUUACUGGGGUGGAAAUGAACGAGAAGUGUUGAAAAGGUUCACAGACAAAAACCCAGUUUUUAAAUUCUACAUCUUUGAUUGGCCUAAAUUCAUUAUCAAUAUAGAUCCACACAAGAAAACAUGCUUUGGAAUCGUAACCAGCAAGGAUUAUAUAUUGAACGUAACUGAGAAACUUGGGAUGCCUGAUUACUCACUGGUUUAUUUUCUUGGAUUGUGUCUGUUUGUAUAUGGUCGAGAUUACUUCAUGUUAGACAUUGAGUAUAUCUUUUUUGGGGCCUGGCUUAUUUUUAUCCCUCUCAUGCUCUACGUGUCACUCUCAUUGACGCCGGAUCCUCAUCAGGAUGAUAUGGGGAAUGCAUUCCUGAAGUUUCACCCCAUCUUCCUCUAUUGGCACAAACUUCUAUGGGACGACCUUUCUGAAUUUAUAAUAGAGUACUUGGAAUAGUGAUGAUGUUGUAUAGCACGCCAAACAGAUUAGCAAUGGCUGUCGUUUUAGCUUUUUUUGGAUUGUUAUGGGUAAUG